UCAUCUGCUCCACCAGAAUGCCCCCUAAAGGGAGGAAGAGGAAGGCAGCCGCCCCUGCAGUAAAAGCUGCAGAGUCCAGUGGGUUGGAAGGAAAUGGGGUUGACCAGUCUCCCAAGAAACUGAAGAAGAGCGAGGGCCAUUAUGUGGUCAUUGAACACUGUAAAAGCUGACGAGUCUAUGGGCGCCAUGCUGACGCUGUUGGCCAGGCCCUGCAUCAGGCCUUUCCUGACCUCACAGUGGAGAUCAAUCCUGAGAAGCCCCGCAGAAAUAGCUUUGAGGUGGUCCUGUUGAAAGAUGAUGGCGCUAAGGUAGAGUUAUGGAGCGGCCUUAAGAAGGGACCACCACGUAAGCUGAAGUUCCCAGAACCAAACAAAGUGGUUGAAAGUCUGAAGGGCAACUUUGAAUAAAGUGAACUGGGCAGGAUUGUCAAAGGGCAUCAACUGAAUUGUCCAUCCCUUGUGAGCUGGAGCAUUUAUGAUGGGAUAUGACCAAGUGGGGUAAACUGCAAAAACCUCAGUCAUUUCUCUGAAGCGGUUGCUCUUCCUCCACAAACAAAAUGUACCAGAUAGUGCUGCCUCC